UGGGCGGGAGGUUUGCGUGCUUUCAUUUUUGUCUUUGUUGGUGUUGAUAUAAUGCACAGACACUCGCUGCUGCUUGCGAGCGCGGAGAGGAUAAUGUCUGAAAAACCGGCUGAUAUCCUCUUGUCGUUAGAAAAGAAGCAAGCUGUGGACAUUUGAAACAAAACUGACCGGGAAUAAAUCAGGGAAAUGUCGCAAGGAUCCGAGCGCGCAGCCAACCUGACCGAGUGCGAGGGGAUCAACCUGUCUUUUACGCACACCUUUCUGCCAAUCGUGUACGUCAUUGUGUUUGUCGUCGGGACUUUUUCCAACUUCUGGGGUUUACGGAGUGUGUGCAGAGGCUGGAAAAAGAUCGGGAACAUCAACAUCUUCAUGCUGAACCUGGGGCUGGCGGACCUGCUCUAUCUGUUCACCCUGCCGUUCCUGGUGGCCUAUUACGCGCACGACAGCCGCUGGCUCUUCGGCCAGACUUUCUGCAAAGUGACCCGCUUCUGCUUCAACCUCAACUUGUACGGCAGCAUCGGCUUCCUCACCUGCAUUAGCAUCUACAGGUACCUGGGCAUCGUGCACCCCAUGAAGGUGAUGGGCAAAAUCAACAACAUGCACUCGGUGGCCAUAAGCGCCCUGGUGUGGCUGCUGGUGUUCGUUCAGAUCGUCCCGGACAUGUUCUUUGAUAAAUCUCCGCCGAACUCAUCGUCCUGUUAUGACACCACGACCAACGACCUGAUCCCCAUUUACCUGCAGUACAGCGUCACAUGGACCGUCACGGGGUUUGCCAUACCUCUGCUCAUCAUUCUGCUCUGUUAUGGACAUGUUAUUGUGGUUCUCGCCACCAAAGCCAACGUCAACCCUCUGCUCAAGCAGCGCUGCUUGAAGCUGGUUGUCAUCCUGGUGCUGCUGUUCUCCAUCUGCUUUAUUCCCUAUCAUGUGUUCAGAAAUCUCAACCUCCAAACCAGGAUUUUGAAGCAGCGCGGAUAUUGCCACCCGAGCUUCGACGACAUCUACGUCGCCCACCAGAUCGGCCGAGGUCUGGUGUGCCUGAACAGCGCCAUUAACCCGCUCAUUUAUUUAGUAGGAAAUGAUGAUUUCCUAAUGAAGUUUCAUCAUCUCAGUAAAAGGGCCCGGCUGUCUGUGGCCGGAUGGACAAGCGUGGUCCGCUACCGCAAACCGACCGAGGUAGAGGGGGAGUCCCCUGUGGACCAUACGCUCACCUUCAACCGGCUGAUAUGAAGGAAACAAGGCACUGACACGUGAAGCGCCAUGUGGAAACACGGCCCUGCAUCUGUUAGCUGGCAUGUGAUGCCAACAGCACUUUUUCACACAAAGACUGAAAUGUGUGGGGACAGAGUGGGAUUAUUACCAUUUGGUCCAUGUGAUAAAUGAUCAAUACCAGGGUGCUUAGAGGAAAGGAUUCAAAUAUCUCUGGAUGUCUGUGUUUCUCCAUUAUAAUUACAAAAUGGAAAAAAAAAAAAAACUGUUGUCCAUGGCUGCUCCAUCUCUAAUAUGUAACUGACUGCUGUUUGAUGCAUUGAGGUCCAACUUUGUGCCGUAAACUGAUGUGAAUGUUUUUUCCACUUUCUGUGGUCUCUGAGUGUUAUUGUCUCUAAGCUUAAGAGCUGAUAUCCUGGGAUUGAUGCAGUGCAAGCCCUUUCAGGAAAAAGGAAAAAAAAUCCAACAUAACAAUACUCUCAUGCACUGC